AUGUAUGCUGAAGAGCCAGGGCCAGAGAAAAGAGAGGCAAAAAAGAGGCGGAAAAAAAAAGGCAAAAAAAGGCAAAAAAAGUGUCCGAAAAAGUGGCCGAAAAAGUGGCCGAAAAAGUGGCAAAAAAAGAAGAAAAAAAAAAAGAAGAAAAAAACACACCUGGAAUCACCUCCCCCUAAAAGAUCGCGACGCCUUUCUGGUCCGGGUCACGUGAUCACAGCUUUUGUCUCACGCGCUUGUCAUGGCUGGCUGUUUCGACGUCAGUUUCUACCAUCUUCUGAAAGACAAGUUGGUGCAAAGUUCAACGUUGCCACCAAGGUCACCAAACUAACGUCAAAAGAGAGACCAGACGGACGAGCGCAAGAGUGGAGUUGGAGUUGGAGUGGAGAGUUGGGCUUUUUGUGGUCGGUUUGUGGUCGUUUUAUGGUCGUCCCGACAUCGUCGGUCGUAGUUUGUGUCCGUUUCGCCGUUUGUGUCCGUUUCGCCGUUUGUGUCCGUUUCGCCGUUUGUGUCCGUUUCGCCGUUUGUGUCGUUUCGCCGCUCGUGUCCGUUUCACCGCUUGUGUCGUUUGGCCUUGUGUCCAAAACACAGACUCCAACCACCAACACCAACCACCAACAUUGCCCUCUUCUAGCCAUUGACACUGCUCUCGAUUACUCACUGCGACAGCGUCUCCUCGUCACCCCGUCACCCCGUCACCCCGUCACCCCGUCACCUGAUCACCAGCUUGACCCCAUCAUCCCAUCACAAACACCAUCAACCGCUUCAUCUGACUCCCACCGACUCACAUUUGACUCUGUGUUUGACUCUGAUCUGACUCUGAUCUGA